AUGUCUAAGAAAAAAAAGAACAGUAAAAAUAAAAAUAUUAACAAAUACUUCAACCCUAAAAUCGUUACUGCUAUAUUGUUGUGUUCAUGUUAUUUUCUAUAUAACACGUUUGGUAGUGUAUAUAUCAUAAUAGUUUUGAUAGCCAUCAUUUUUUUAAAUUUAGAUAAUAAUAAUGACAGCUCUAUAAGCGCCUAUUCCAUAUUUAAUAAGGGGAAAAGAUAUUUAAUAGGAGAUUUGAGGAUGAAUCAAAUUGAAAAUGAAUUAAGAAAUACAAAAUAUAAAAAUAAUGACAGUGAAGAUAAUUUUUUAAGAUACGAUGAUAUUGAUAAAAAUAAAUUUUAUAUUAAAGGAUCAUCAAAAUAUAAUAAUAAACUAUGUACUUGUGGGUCUAAAAAAAAGUUUAAAAAAUGUUGUGGUAUCAUUAAAAAUAGUUCAUCUGAUUUUUAA